UGCUUUCCUCCCAGCGACUCUUGACUCCCUGCCAACAAAGCAGGGCGUAGCUCAUUAAUUUUUUUUUUUUUUCCCCUUCUCCCUCUCUUUAAAGGCAGACUGAUUCAUAGUAACUCCUUUAAAACAGAGUGGAAAGACACCACCCUCCCGCACCACCGGAGGAAACUUAAAGCACCACCGGGUCACUCCCCGUCACUACAGCUCCGCGCUCCGGGACACCAGCACUGCAGCCCAGCACGCUCCUGCUCCCACAGGUGCCAGGACAGGCCCCAGCCCACACGAGCUCUCCGUAUCGGUGCCACCACCUAGAAGGGACCCAAGAUGUUGGUGCUACUGGCUGGUAUCUUUGUGGUCCACAUCGCCACUGUCAUCAUGCUCUUCGUCUCCACCAUUGCCAACGUGUGGAUGGUGGGUACUUCCAACUUCGGAACGGCCUCAUGGGGACUCUGGCUACUGUGCAACAAGACCUGCCAGCAGAUGACAGUCAGCAGUAGUGAUGAGGCUUCCCUCAAAGCCGCGCAAGCCUUUAUGAUCCUCUCAAUCAUUUUCUCCGUCAUUGCGCUUGUCAUGUUCAUUGUCCAGCUGUUCACCCUGGAGAAAGGCAAACGUUUCUACAUCACUGGAGCCAUCAUGCUGGUUUGCUGGAUGUGCAUUCUGAUUGGAGUCUCCAUUUACACAGCUCGGUUCACAGGCAAGAUGUUCCAGGUCACACGACCUCACCAUGGCUACUGCUUCAUAUUGGCCUGGAUCUGCUUUUGCUUCAGUUUCAUCAUCAGCAUCCUGUACCUUGUUCUUAGGAAAAAAUAAGGCUGAUGGGAGUCCAGGGGAGAGGGUUGGCUACUGGGAAUGGGGAAGAAUUGCUCUGCUGAAAGAACUGUUGGGCCAAUAGACAGAAACAGCCACCAUCAUCACCACUGCCACCACCACCGAAAAAUCACUAACAAAGCUAGAAUCCUCAGAAACUCCUUCACCAAAGAGAGGGAGAAACAGCUCCAACUGAUCUAGCACUCCCGGGGCUGUUGCACCAGAAAUCUGCAAGUGACCCAGACAGCUCUUCUCCUUUUCUGCAAAGUCAUGUCAUACCUUCACAGAGCUUCAAGCUCAGCAAUGAUGAUUGAAGGGCACCACAAAAACAAGGGCUACAUCUUUUCCCUUCCUAGAGCCCUUCUCACCUUCUGGUGUGCCUUGUGGGUUGGGCAGUGAGGCUUAUGACCCCUUUUUUUGGCCAUUGAAACAAAUGGGAUGGACCUUUUGUUACAUUUUUAUAUAUAUAUAUAUGCACAUAUGUCAAAGUUAAAGACAUUAAUUUGAGAAGCAACCCAAUAGAAAUCAGAUUAAAUUUGUAUUAAAAUAUCUACAGAAAUAAGGCAGCAACUUUUUUUGCUGUUCUGUUUACUAUUUGACAUUCCCAUGGUUGAAUCAGAUACAAGUAGGAAGGGCAAAUAUACAGGCGUGGAUGAUGAGGGGGAGAGAGAGAAAUUGGGGGGGGGGGGGGAGAUUCACAGGAGUUCCUAAUUACAGAGGAUGCAGUUGCUCAAUGAUGCACAUGCAGGGAGGGAAUCAUCUGGGUGUGUGCCUACACUAAAAUCUUCUUUUCAGCUCCAGAACAUGGUAACAGCACUGCAACAUCACAGAUCUUUACAGAGACAAUUCCUUAUCUGUAGGCAGGGUUUUAUUCCCACAUUGUCACCCAAUACAUGAUAUUAAUUGAGAGCCCCACCUUGUGACACAGCUCAUCUCAAAGGCAGCUGAUGCUGGUUAGCAGAGGAAAUGUAUUCCUUAAUGAGCGAUUAGGAGACAUGAGGCAGGGCUUGUGAGUUCUGCUCCUUGCUGCACAACCUUAGGCCAGUCACACAACCUGGUGCUUUUCCAUCUGCUAAAUUCUUCCAUAAAACUAUACCUACCUCCCAGGGUUGCUGAGAGAUUUUGAGUCCACUCUGUAAUACAAGGUCCCCAUGUGAAAGGCUGGCAUGGGAAACUAAAGCAUUGGUACUGCUGCAACCCACAAAUUUCUGUCAUUUCGAAGAAUCUCAGUCAUGAGUGGCAUUUGUAAGGGACAAGAGGUCAAAACUUCCUGUGACUCCAUCCACAACUAAAAGGCAGAGAGUAUAAAAAACCAUGCAGGUGCAGAUUGUGCAUGGAUGCUAUUUACCUCUCUCUCUCUCUCUUUUCCUCUCUCUUUCUGUUACGUUUUCUUUUUAUGUAGACUUUAUCAAUUUGGUGGAUAUAUUCUAGUACUGUAUGUUGCUGUUUCAUUAACAAACAUUAUUUCAUACAUAGUCAUUGUAAAUAUUUUGAAAUGCAUAUUUUUAACUUUGAGGAUAUAAAAAUAAAAUCUGAUUCCCUUUA